AUGAAGAAGAGAUUUCUUCAGCAACUGCGUGAUGACUACGUGGCGGCUGGUGACAGAGACUUUAAGAUCGUGGCAGGCAGAAAACGAAGUACAGAAUGCCGCUGCCCAGGCAAUAAAAGCAGCUUGAAGAUGACUCCAUGUAUUCCCUAUUUAGGCAUUUAUCUGUCAGGCUUGACGUAUAUUGAUUCUGCAUACCCAUCAACAGGGAGCAUUCUGGAAAGUGAGCAAAGAACAAAUUUAAUGAACAACAUCCUCCGAAUUAUCUCAGAUUUACAGCAGUCGUGCGAAUAUGAUAUUCCUCUGUUGCCUCAUGUCCAAAAAUAUCUAAACUCAGUUCAGUACAUAGAAGAACUACAAAAGUUUGUAGAAGAUGACAAUUACAAACUUUCAUUAAAGAUAGAACCAGGGACCAGCACCCCCCACUCUGCUGCUUCCAGAGAAGAUUUAGUAGGCUCUGAAGUCGGAGCAUCUCCACAAAGCGGACGGAGAAAUGUUGCAGCUGAAGGAGCUUUACUGCCACCAACACCCCCUUCACCUAGAAACUCGAUUCCACAUGGACACAGGAAAUGUCACAGUCUGGGAUACAAUUUCAUACACAAGAUGAAAACGGCUGAAUUUAGAAGUGCAACGUUUCCCAACGCAGGACCAAGACACCUACUGGAUGACAGCAUCAUGGAGCCUCAUGUCCCAUCCAGAGGGCAAGCAGAAAGCUCUACUCUUUCUAGUGGAAUUUCAAUAGGUAGCAGUGAUGGUUCUGAACUCAGUGAAGAGACAUCCUGGCCAGCAUCUGAAAGGAACAGGUUGUACCAUUCUCUCGGUCUGGGGACAAGAGUGUCACGAAAUGGCUAUCGAGGCCACAUGAAGGCCAGCAGCUCUCUAGAAUCUGAAGAUUUGGCUGUUCAUUUGUAUCCAGGAGCAGUUACUAUUCAAGUUGUUCUCAGGAGGAAGACUUUGUUGAAAGAAGGCAAAAAACCAACAGUAGCAUCUUGGACAAAAUACUGGGUAGCACUGUGUGGAACCCAACUCUUUUACUAUGCUGCAAAAUCUCUGAAGGCUACCAAAAGAAAACACUUCAAAUCCACACCAAGUAAGAACGUGUCAGUGGUGGGCUGGAUGGUGAUGAUGGCAGAUGACCCUGAACAUCCAGAUCUCUUCUUAUUAACUGAUUCUGAGAAAGAAAAUUCCUACAAAUUUCAAGCUGGAAAUAGAACGAAUGCAAUGCUCUGGUUUAAACACCUGAGUGCUGCCUGCCAAAGCAACAGACAACAGGUUCCUGCCAACUUGAUGACCUUUGAAUAGCAGGCUAAUACAAAACAAACAAACAAACAGAGAACAAUUUAAACCAUCUCAUAAUUGAGAAUGAGGUCCUGAUGGAAAAUGUGCCAGCUGCAGUCUGUGCCAGAACAGAGCUUGUCAAGUUGAUCUGAACUCUGGAGCCCUGAACAAAACUACUAAUGACUGGGGAGUAGAGUCCCCCAAAUGAAAAAUGGAGUUGCAACACGAAUUGCCAUGGACCUUGCUUUGUUAAAUUCUCUGAACUGACUUGUGGAAACCACUGCCUUAAAGAGUGAAAGGAAAAACAACAAUGAAAACACCAAAUGGUGUGUGUGAAACUUCUG